AUGCCUCUUAAUAGUUUUGGGAAUGAGAUCACGGAUCUCAUCCUCUCUGGGAUGCUGGGGGUCCUGUUUGUGGAGGGCUCCAGCUGGAACAUCAGUCCCCACCCUAUUCUGCAGGGCUCUCCAGCAGAGGGCAGCACAAGGCCAACUCCCAAAUCAGGCCCUCGAGCAGUGUGCGCCGUCAGGAUCACGCCUCUGAAAACCAUGAAAGGCUCUCCUGACCUGAUUCCCACAGCAGAUUUGGACCCCAGCAGAGUGUGCAAAGGGAAAGGAGUCGUGACUCUACGGGCCACCCUCGUGCACAUAGACGAUGAGGACUGCGUCAGCGAAAAGCCGAGCGUCAUCACAGCUCCAAGUGGCUGGUCAAGCCAGAUUAAUGGAGAAGCAGGACUGGCUGAGGGAAGCAUCAACACAACAGCUUAUCUACCCCCCGAAAACAGCACUCAGUGCCAGGCCAGUUUACCCAACAGAGUAAAUGAAAACCAAGCGCUACCCUCGACGGACAUCCAGAGCUGCCUCCCGUCUGCCCCCAGCUUCGGUUACCCCCGUACAAGCACAGUAAACCCCACCAUAGUCCUGCUGCAGCACAACAGAGGGCCAGCUCCAGAAAGGGAUAAAAGCCCAGAGGCUGGGAGAGACUGUGCGAGCCCGGUCCCUGAUAUGGACGGGAAGAGGCUGCGGCUAUCACUGCACUCCCCUGUCCUCAGUCCUCUCAACAAGCCCAUUGUGCCUGUGCGGAACACUGAAAAGCCCAAAGACUGGUAUAAGACAAUGUUCAAACAGAUACACAGGCUACCCGAGCCUAUUGAGGAAAACCCAUACCGCCCCACCUACAUUUUCCCUGAGAACUAUGACAUGCACAUGAAAUCCAAAGAAGGUGCUCCUACCCCUUUUGGCUACCUGGAAGAUGUAAAAGCAGUCCCGCGCUCCAAAAGCAACGAUGAGGUUGAUUCGAGGGGCAGGUCGAUGCCGGUGCCAACGCGCUCCUCUUCCCUCAAACCCUCCGCCAAAAUGAACGAGUGGGAGCCCCCGGAUAAAAAGGUAGACACCAGGAAGUACCGCGCUGAGCCCAGGAGCAUCUUUGAGUACGAGCCGGGGAAAUCAUCAGUGCUGAAGCUGGAGAGAACGACUCAGGAUGUAAGUCCAGAAGAUGUAGAUAUAGAGAAUGAGCCUUGGUAUAAAUUCUUUUCAGAGAUGGAGUUUGACAAAGCGAGUGCCCCCUCCUUCAGCCCCCUGGAAACCUCCUCCGACCUGCACCCGUACCCACAAAGCUCGCCCGCCUACAGCGGCAGGGGACUCCUGUUUCCUGAGGAGAUCCUGUUAAUGAACUCCUCGAGCAAGUCUGGUCACAGCGAGGUGGAGAAGGACAGAGGAUCAUCCUCGAGCGAGCCUCCGGCUCAAGAAUGCGACCGACAUGUUUACAAGAGUGUCCUGGAGGGCGGCGACAUUCCCCUGCAAGGUCUACGAGCCCUAAACAAGCGCCAAGGCAGCUCAUCCUCUUCUAAAGUUGUGAGUUGCCAGUCGCCAGGCAGGCUUAGGGCAAGACUCCAGAGUGUUCUAGCGCCAGGGAGUGGAGGGCCAGUGGGGGCACGGAUGAGGAGGUACGAGCGAGAUAAACAGAGCCGCGCUCUUCACAUCCCAGCCAGACGAGUGGAUUAUAAAGGUGGGAAUGGCUAUAUAAUUUCACCCUGCUCCUCUGUAAAUAGUCGAUCGGUUCUUGCCAGUAAUGCAAUAGGUGACCAGUGUAAGAGUAAGAAGUCUCUAUCUGCUGCCAAAGCCUGCAUACCUCAAAUCCUGCCCUCUAAAUUCAAGCCCAAGCUGCUGCCACCCAGUGGCAACAGCCAGGAAAGCAGGACUAACGCUGCCAGGCACCCAAAGGCCCACAGCUGCGAGGACCUCUACACAGGGCCAUGUGGUGCAGACUGCGCGGGAGCUGAGGAGAGCGAGAGCGGCCAGCCAGCGGACUCUAAGUCCAGCUGCGGCAGCCAGUCUGCUGACGGCCUCAGGAAUGUCUCCCCUGCAAUUAGGCGGAGCGCUUCGGAGUUUUCCAGCCUGUACAGGACCAUGCAUCACAUCCAGAGGCCCAGCUCGGUCGGCUGCAGCCCCCACGGCAGUGUCCGCAGCCUGGCCUCCCUGUUUGAGAAGUCGAAGGCCGAGGGGGAGAGGUCAGAGGCCGACGGGUGUAACGUUCCCCGCGACAGUGUCUCAUCGCGGAUCAGUGAGUUUGAAACGAUCAUCCAGCGCUCCAGCUCGGCCCCCAGCCGCUCCUCUUCCCUGCCUACCCUGCACUCCGGCCACAGCCCCAACCACAGUCCGGCCCACCUCUACAUGGCCUCUGCAGUCUCGGCCGAGUCCCUCGUCGUGGGCGGCGCCGCGCAGACAGACACCUGCGCCCUCGUGGAGGCGGAGGGCCAAGGCAGCAGGGAGCAGGCCCUGUCGCCAGACAGCACGACAGCGGAGGAGGCCGCGUCCUCAGAGGACGGACACACCGUCAGGGCCGAGUCCCCUUUCAACACCGAGGCCGAAGUAGAGCAGAUCUUCAGCAAAGGUUCCCGAGAAUCGCUCCACCCAGGUGUCAGCGAGUCAAAGAGUCCUUCGGCGCAGUUCACAGAAUUCCCCCCGCCACACAACCACCACCACCACCAUGUCCUGCACCACCUGAACCAUCCGCUCCACCUCAAACCCAGCAAAUGCAAAGGCUCCUGCCCAGCCUCCUACACCCGGUUCACCACAAUCCUCAGGCACGAGAGGCAGCAGGCCACGACCCAGCAGGAGAGGCCGCCGCCUUCAGAGAAGAGAACCGCUCCUCCGGGAAACCUUUUCCUCAUGGGUCCCGCCCCCUUUAGGUUGCGGAAAAACCUGCAAUCGCACCAAAGCCGAAGGACACUGCUGGCCACCAAGGUGACGCCGGGCAGCCAGAGACCCUACAGUCUGUCACCUGAGCCCAGGCCCCUGAUCCCACAGCGCCUCUCCUCCCUGGAGGUUCUCGAGAGGCUGAGUAACGGGGAAGGGAGCAGCCCAGACCACCUGAGUAACGGGCAGGGUCUGGACGCCAACGGGAACCUACUGCAGCCGCUGGCCGUUCACCGCAGAGGUGGCUAUCUCCAUCCCUUCACCGCUGUCACCCUCUCCCUCUGUGACUCCUCCCCAGCUCAUGGGGAGAGCCAGGACGAAGUCCUGAGGAGGCGUCAUGGUGACAAAGAGAAAAUCUUGGAGGAGCAGCGGCGGCUAAAGCGGGAACAGGAAGAGGCUGACACAGCAUCCAGGCGACACACGAGCAUUGUCCCCACGCACCACCAGUUCAUCACCAACGAGCGCUUCGGAGACCUGCUUAACAUCACAGAUAACGCAGAGAAAAGGAAAUCGGGCCUCGAGAGAACUCCAGCCAUGGCUCGCUUCGAUUUCAGAGCAGAGUCGCUGAAGGAACUGCCAUUUCAGAAGGGAGACAUAGUGUAUAUCAUACGACAGGUUGAUCAAAACUGGUAUGAAGGUGAACACCAUGGAAGAGUGGGCAUUUUCCCACGAAGCUAUGUUGAGCUCCUUCCGCCAACUGAGAAAGCUCAGCCAAAGAAGAGCGCCCCGGUGCAGGUGCUGGAAUACGGAGAAGCUGUGGCCCGCUUCAACUUCGCAGGGGACACGGUUGUGGAAAUGUCCUUCAAAAAGGGGGAGAGGAUCACGCUGAUCCGCCGGGUGGACGAGAACUGGUACGAGGGGAAGAUCUCUGGCACCAAUCGGCAGGGCAUCUUCCCCGUCACCUACGUGGAAGUGCACAGACGGCCCCGCGUUAAAAACGGGGUGGAGUACCCCGACCCUCCCGUCAGCCACUCGCCGCAGCGCAGCACCAACGCGUCCCCUCAGCUGUAUCGCAAUCGUCUGACCACCUCCCCCCUGCCUCUCCCCCGCUCCCCCCGCCGCUCCGUGUCCCCCGAGGUUCACGCUAUCUCCAGCGAGUGGAUCUCCCUGACCGUGGGAGGUGGGAGCCCCCCCGCCGCCCCCACUCCUCCUCUGCCACCCCUGCCCACCGUGUCCUACCGCUGUGGCGAAUACCUGCCCCCGCCCUUCUCUGCCAGCCCCGUGCCCCCCAUCACCGGCAGCCCCUACUACAUCUCUCCCAUGGCCUCGCCCUCCGCCUCCCCGCUGCCCCCUCCUCACCCGCCCAGACCCAACUCCACCACUCCCUUCCUCACGUUCACUCCGCCCCAGGGGGAGGACUUCCUGCUCUCCCCUCCGUCCCCGCACCUCUCGCGCAGCGUGAGCCCCAGUAGCGGGCCGGUGCUGGAGGGCUGGCUGAGGGGGGAGAAGGAGCUGAAUGAGGGCGAUGGCGCUGAGGGGGACAGGGGCCGAGCAGCCCCGGGCCGCAGGCGAAAUAGCCCUGCAGAGUUUGCGAAAAACGAGGCUGACCAUCAUGGCCGGAGCUCCAGGAGCCCUGUGAUGCUUUUUGACAUUCAGGAUAACAACAAUGUCAACUCCUUUGCGGAGGCAGUGUGUAAUGAGAUUUUGAAUAUAGCUGAGACCUCGGUGAGGUACUGCAGCACCCUGUCCCACCACCAUAAUGCCUCUGUCCAUAGACUCCAACCCCAACACAGUAAACAAUCUCUCAUCAUUUCCCAGCAACCCCAGUCCCACAGUAGCAGCCCAGAGCCCAGCCGUCUCAGCUGUGGAAUCUUCCAGGCUUUGUAUAGUUAUGUGCCACAGAACGACGACGAGCUGGAGCUGCAGGAAGGAGAUCUUGUCAGCGUCAUGGAGAAGUGCGAUGACGGCUGGUUUGUUGGCACAUCAAAGAGGACAAAGCAGUUUGGGACUUUCCCCGGGAAUUACGUGAAGGAAGUGAAACUGUAAAGACGUCUAAUCUGGUUGUAACAUAUGGUUGCUUGUCAAGCUUGGGAAGUCAUUACUACCGCGCAUGGCUGUUGGUUAGAAUAGUCAUUUAGCCAGGCCAAUAUAACUUGUCUGGGAAAGUGAUCGGUUCGGCCUGGGGUAUGUCAAACUGCACGAAGAGAAGAUGGGGACAACUCACUGCCCAAUCCUCAGCACGGUGCGCACCAUGGCCGCGUGUUUCUUACCUUUUGACAGAAUUCAUCCGUCUCCACGUGUGCAAUCGCUCCCAGGAAUUAGCUCGCGUGUGCACAAGCUUCCGGUUCGUUCACGCUAUACAUCAGCACACGAGUGUUUACGUAGCAUCGCAGCUGAGAGGCAGGCAGCAGAGCAGAUUAGGGAUCAAAAGAGUGGAUCUCAUUACAUUGAGGGGUCUUUGGAGGAGUAGGAUGGAAGUUUUCACGAUGUGGAGUUUGGGGCUGGUUUUCAUGAGCUACCUUUCCGGGCCAGAAUUAAAAAACGCAAUUAAAAUUAAAAAUGACAAGUCACGUCUUUAAAGAUGAAAAAUUAACUUUUAAACCUUUAAUAUUUAGAUCAAUACAGUUCUGAAAUUCCAUGUAACUGCUCAUCCUGUGAGUCUGGCAACCAGAACAUCUCCCUCUGUUUAGAUUUAAGUCAAAAAAGGCCUUUCCUCAGGAGCUAAGAAGCCUUACGUAAGACUUCCCUGCAGGAACUCGUGUGUUGCAGUUGUUUUGCUUUCUUUUUUAUGUUUUUCAAUCAUCCUAAUCUCUGUGCUGCCUGCUCUUGAGGUACUUGACGUUUAUAUCUCAGUGUUUGAAUACCACUUCAGUAUUGCGUUUAUUUUCUAUCCAAAGGUUUGUUCUGCAGUUAUGAACACAGUCACUGCAUGUCUAGAACACAGAUACUGGACACACGGGCUGCAUUGCAUGUCUUAUAAAAGUGGGGGGGGAAAAAACGUUUAUAUGCACAUCUUUUUUUCGUUUUAAGAAAUAUAUUUUUGUCCUUUUAUAACACGUUUCUUGAGAAAUGAGUAAACUGUAUUGGCUGAUUAUUGAUGCCUCUAAGGUAGCUGAUGGUAGACUGCUGACUUCAGCGUGACCACAGGACAGGCGUGGUAGCACUUAACUUCCUGUUCGGUUAUUUGGAAAGAUCCCACCUAACAAGACGAAACCAGAUUAAUCAUCAAGCAAAAGUCAACAAGUUGUCCUGGUUUUUACCUGCAUAUAGAGAUUUUAACUGUGCCCUUACUCGGAGGAAUGUAUAUAUACAUGUAAAUGCCUACAGACAACUGAGAGGCCUUCCAAAUAAGGCCAUGUAUUUUCUUAUGAGAUGACCUCAGCUGUAAGGUUAGCAUUAGUACAGCCUGCACUGUAAAGUCAACAAACUAAUCGGACUGGAGCGUGAAACUUGAAUCUCAACCUCUCCAAUAUCCGCACCUUUUGGCUUAAAGCAAACAGGUGAAGACUGAGGCUGCUCGUUGAGCUGUGAGGUUUUUUUCGAGUUCUGCUAAUCUAAAGCAUCGGUGGUGUCGCCCUGCAAGCACAGAGCUCCCACAUCUCCAGCAGCAUCAGACACUGUAAGAGGAGAUCGUCUGAGGCAGAUAAACAGCCCCCAAAAAGAUAGCUCGUGUAUUAUUUGGCCUCCAUUCAUGAAUUCCUGGUUGACAGCAGCAGUCACUGCACUGAGCUCAGUGGAGCCAGACCAGAGCUGUGGAGUUCUACCUGCUGAUGACUCUCAGUGCUUGUUAUGACCUGCUCGAAGCAGAGCAGGGUUGCAGCCUGCGUGGAAACUGCUUAACAGGUAUUUCUGUAGUUUAUAUCAGGAUGGUUGGUGUGUGCAAAGAUGCUCUCCAUGCGAGAGCGUCAUCCUUGUUUUCUCUCUGAUACAAGUCUAAUCAGGUGGCAGACUAUCAGCGGGCUCUGUCUUUAAGCCAAGGGGUGUCGGUCAAUUUUUGAAACACGAUGUGAAUCACUGUGCUGUAAAAGGGUUAAGUCGCUUGAUCCAGAAGCCCAUUUAGCCUGAUUUGAACUCUUUUUUUUUUAAGCGUGCCGGACUCCCACAUAAAACAUCAAGAAGUAUUUGGAUUUCAAUUCAAUCAGUGUUUCAUCUUCUGUGGGGGGUUUUCUUCUUUUUCUUUAGCUCUUCAAUUGGGAUUUUCAUCUUCAAAUUGCGUCUGAUCAUUUUGCCAACAUCAGCAAGGGCUUAUUUUCUCAGCAUGACUAAACAAGACACAGUGGGUCUGUCUCUGUAGCACUGGUAUAUAUAUGUGGUUCACCACAGAAGCCUACACUGCAGGCUAAACAUGUUUGUUCUGCUGUAACUCCAGCUUUUCAGAAAUAUGUCAACUAAUCUGUUGCCUUGCUCGGAUUGUUUCUUUUCCCUUUUGUCCGAACAAAAGGAAUAAGAUGUUGAACACUCUUUAUGGUGGGCAAAUAACCAAUAACUCAUUCAGUCGAAAAACCAAUGCAACGUAGUGUGGUCAUUGUGCUCCGUUAAACACCACGGGAUGUGUGAAUGUAUGAGUAAAUUAAUGUUGUGCAGGCAGUGUACACUGCUGUGUAAAGAGAAUGUCUAAAUUUCACCUUGAAUGAACAUGCAGGACACAGGAAGGACUGUAAAUAUGUAAAAUAAAAAAAUAAGCAGCGGGUGACAGACUGAGCUCUCGGUCGCUUGCUUUGGUUUAUUUGCCUGAAGGAUUUUUUCUUUUUUUUUUGGUAAACCACAGAGUGCAGCGUUACUCAGCACAGAAAGAUAGACCUAAACAAAAAUGUACGCUGCCAUUUGUAAGGAUCAUAAUGCCUUAUGUUAGAUACAAAAAAUUGUGCCUCAUUGUCUGUUUUUUUUUUUCCCAGAGUAUCACUGAAAUUUCUCAUGACAUUAUGAUUAUUUUUCGGUUAAUUCUAGUCCCCAUGAUGGGGAACUUUUAAUAAGACCAUGUCUGUUACUGUACACGUACCUACGAGUGUGACACAGUGCUUCUUAAUGAAUUAAUAAUCAGAGGGGUGGAGUAGUUUGAUGAGACACAACCUGCAAUUGGUUUGGUUUGUUUGCUUCUAUUUGCAGUGCUCUUACAUUGACGAUAUUAAAAUGAAAAUAGUAUACACUGAUGUGACUUCGGUAUUAUGCAAUAUUUAAUAAACAAUUUAAAGCA